AUGGAAGUUAAGUCAUGGCAGGUAGAUAUCGACAAUAAUAGCUGUGAAGGUGAAAAUGGACUUGAGAAUAUGACAAAACGGCUCCGUGCAGUUCAAGCACUUUUAUUAAAACUCACUCAUUAUCAAGAGCAGUAUGGUAUCGGUGACCUUGAUACGAAUAGGUACAAGACUACUUUUGGAGCAAAAAUCAUAGACAUGACCCAGAUGAUUUAUAAUCACAACAAUCCGGAUGAACCAAUAAAUGUUGUAGAGAAUGAUAUUAAUGCUGAUGAUAUGCCUGUUUAUGAUGCUGGAAUACUGGAUGAAGCUGAGCUAUUGGUUGACAUGCCUGAAAUAUUUGAUGAUGAGCUAUUGGAGUCUGCUAAUGACAUAUAUGAAAUCUUGGAUGAAGAAUACAUGCCUGUAUCGUAUGAUGAUGAUAUGGAUGCUGAUGAUAUGCCUGAAUUGGAUGAUGUUAACGAUCAACGUUUACCUGAAUUGGAUGAUGAGUUAAUAGAUGCUGAUCCUGUGCUGCCUGAAUUAUUUGAUUUUGAAAACAUGCCUAUAGUAUACGCUGAUGAUUUGGAUGCUUUUGUUUUGCCUGAAUUGGAUGAUGUUAACGAUCAACGUGUGCCUGAAAUAUUUAUUGAUGAGUUAAUAUGUAGAUGA